CCGUGCUUGCCUUUUAAACAAUUGUCCUUAGCCUAUGUAUGAUUUAAGACUUGUAGCAAAAUAUGCUAUGCUGUUCUGAACUUUUGUUUUUUCAGGUUAUCCUGAGGAUGAAGGAGAACUUCCCCGAGCAACAGUUAGUUUAAGGAAGAGGGCUAGUUGUGUACAGACCAUAUUUAUUGCCUUCAAACACUUGAGUCAAAGAUGAACCCAGGGAACCCCUUCAGUGGGCAGCAGCCCAGUGCUUUUGCGGUGUCUUCUAGUACCACGGGAACAUAUCAGACUAAGUCACCUUUUCGAUUUGGCCAGCCUUCCCUUUUUGGACAAAACAGCACGCUGGGCAAGAGUCUGGGAUUUGCACAGGUACCAAGCUUUGCAGCACCCUCUGGAGUGAGCCAUCCUUCCUCACUGCCGACGUUUGGCCUCUCGCAGACCUCAAGUGCCGGCCUCUUUCCUAGUCUUGAACCCACACCAUUUGCCGCUGCUUCUGGGCCUUCAAGUUCAUCUGCGCCCGGAAAUACAGGAUUCAGUUUUAAGUCGCCCCCUAGCGUUGGGGGUUUCCCAAGUGGCACUACUUUUGGGCCAGAAACUGGAGAAGUAGCAAGCUCUGGUUUUAGAAAAUCGGAAUUCAAGUUUAAACCUCUGGAAAAUGCAGUAUUUAGACCAAUACUGGGGGCCGAGACAGAGCCAGAGAGAACCCAGAGCCAGAUUGCCUCUGGAUUUUUCAAAUUUUCCCACCCUGUUAGCAGUGGAUCUGGAGGCCCGAACCCCUUUUCUUUUCCUCAGGUGACAAAUAGUUCAGUGACUAGUUCAAACUUUAUCUUUUCAAAACCAGUUACGAGUAACGCGCCUGCCUUUCCCCCUGCUCUGUCUAACCAAAACGCGGAAGAAGAGAAGAGGGGGCCCAAAUCCGUAUUUGGAAGUUCCCCCAGUAGCUUCACUGCUUUCCCCGUAGCAUCGGCUGCAUCUUUCGGGGAGCCCUUCCCAGCCAACAAAACGGCUACCCGUCAAGGGUAUGAGGAAGCCAUCUCUUUCGUGGAUCCCCUUCCUACACCCCUUAAAGGCCUCAAAAGGAAGGAGGACCAGGACCGCUCCCCAAGGAGACACUGCCAUGACCCAGCAGAGGACUCAGACCCCCUGUCCAGGGGCGACCACCCUCCAGAUAAACGGCCAGUGCGCCUGAACAGACCCCGGGGAGGCAGCUUGUUUGGCCGCACGAUACAGGAUGUCUUCAAAAGCAAUAAAGAAGUCGGUCGCCUGGGCAACAAGGAAUCCAAAAAGGAAAGUGGCUUCAUGGAUUCUGGAGAGAGUGACCACGUGGCUGGUCCAGGAGGGAGUCAGCCCACCCUCGUCCCUUCCCGCCUUUCAGCUGUGAACAAAGAGGAAGAAAAAGAAGGUAGAGAUGAAAAAGAAGAUUCUUUUAGGGGAAAAUCGGUGCGCCAAAGUAAAAGAAGCGAGAGCGCCGACAGCCUUGGGGGCGUGUCUUCCUCGGAAUUCACAGCCAUUCAAUUGAAGAACAUUCCUGACUAUCUCAACGACAGAGCCAUCCUGGAGAAGCACUUCGGCAAGAUGGCUAAAGUUCAGCGGGUCUUCACCAGGCGCAGCAAAAAGCUAGCCGUGGUGCAUUUCUUUGAUCAUGCAUCUGCAGCCCUGGCCAGGAAGAAAGGGAAAAGUUUACAUAAGGACAUGGCUAUCUUUUGGCACAAGAAGAAAAUAAGUCCCAGCAAGAAGCCCUUUUCCCUGAAGGAGAAGAAGCUUGGUGACGGAGAAGCCAGCCAAGGCAUAGAAGAGUCUCCCUUCCAGCAUUCCCCUCUCGGCAAGCCCAUAGUGAGGCCCGCGACGGGCAGCCUCCUGAAUAAAAGCUCUCCAGUGAAGAAGCCAAGUCUUCUAAAGAUCCACCAGUUUGAGGCAGACCCGUUUGACUCUGGAUCUGAGGGCUCCGAGGGCCUUGGUUCAUGCAUGUCAUCUCUUAGCACCCUGAUAGGGACUGUGGCUGAGACAUCUGAGGAGAAGUACCGCCUUCUGGACCAAAGAGACCGAAUCAUGCGGCAAGCUCGGGUGAAGAGGACUGAUCUGGACAAAGCAAGGGCGUUUGUUGGGACGUGCCCUGACAUGUGUCCUGAGAAGGAGCGGUACUUACGGGAGACCCGGAGCCAGCUGAGCGUGUUUGAAGUUGUCCCGGGGACUGACCAGGUGGACCAUACAGCAGCCGUGAAGGAGUACAGCCGCUCCUCUGCGGAUCAGGAGGAGCCCUUGCCACAUGAGCUGAGGCCCUCAGCAGUUCUCAGCAGGACCAUGGACUACCUGGUGACUCAGAUCAUGGACCAAAAGGAAGGCAGCCUUCGGGACUGGUAUGACUUCGUGUGGAACCGCACACGGGGAAUACGGAAGGACAUCACCCAGCAGCACCUCUGUGACCCUCUGACGGUGUCUCUGAUUGAGAAGUGUACCCGAUUUCACAUUCACUGUGCCCACUUUAUGUGUGAGGAGCCCAUGUCCUCCUUCGAUGCCAAGAUCAACAAUGAGAACAUGACCAAGUGUCUGCAGAGUCUGAAGGAGAUGUACCAGGACCUGAGGAACAAGGGUGUCUUCUGUGCCGGCGAAGCCGAGUUCCAGGGCUACAAUGUCCUCCUCAACCUCAACAAAGGAGACAUCUUGAGGGAAGUGCAGCAGUUCCACCCUGACGUUAGGAACUCCCCCGAGGUGAACUUCGCUGUCCAGGCUUUUGCUGCAUUGAACAGUAAUAACUUUGUGAGGUUUUUCAAACUGGUCCAGUCGGCUUCUUACCUGAGCGCCUGCCUGUUACACUGCUACUUUAAUCAGAUUCGUAAGGACGCCCUCCGAGCCCUCAAUGUCGCGUACACCGUAAGCACACAGCGCUCUACUGUCUUUCCCCUGGAUGGUGUUGUCCGCAUGCUGCUGUUUAGGAGUUGCGAAGAGGCGACAAGCUUCCUCAACUACCAUGGCCUCACUGUAGCUGACGGCUGUGUUGAGCUGAAUCGGUCGGCCUUCGUGGAGCCAGAGGGGUUAUUCAAGGCCAAGAAGUCAGUGUUUAUUGCCCAGAAGCUGACGGUGUCAGUUGGAGAAGUCGUGAAUGGAGGGCCACUGCCUCCCGUCCCUCGCCAUACACCUGUGUGCAGCUUUAACUCCCAGAAUAAGUAUGUCGGAGAGAGCCUGGCCACGGAGCUGUCCAUCUGCACGCAGAGAUCUGGGGGAGACACAACAGGUGGCGGGAGAGGAGAGGAGUACGGGGCAGAGGUGGAUGUGCCGCCAUUGGCUGUCCUCCCACAGCCUCCUCCUGCCCCUUCAUCCACUUCCGUGCUUCAUGCCCCAUCGCUGACCCCAGCUGUGGCACCCAGCCUUUUCCAGUCCUCCGUGCAGCCUGAGCUGCUGCCUCCGAAGCCUGCACCCGUGUACUCUGACUCGGACCUGGUGCAGGUGGUGGAUGAGCUCAUCCAGGAAGCUCUGCAGGUAGACUGUGAGGAAGUCAGCAGUGCUGGGGCGGCCUACGCAGCUGCAGCUCUGGGUGUUUCGGAUGCUGCUGUGGAGGAUCUGAUAGCAGCUGCAACCACAGGCAUCUUGAGGCACGUUGCAGCUGAGGAAGUGUCCAUGGAAAGACAGAGACGAGAGGAAGAAAAGCGACGGGCUGAAGAGGAAAGGUUGAAGCAAGAGAGAGAACUGGCAUUAACCCAGCUGAGCGAGGGCCUGGCUGCAGAGCUGACAGAACUUAUGGUGACAGAGUGUGUGUGGGAAACCUGCUCUCAGGAGUUGAAGAGUGCGGUAGAGACAGACCAGAAAGUCCGCAUAGCGCGCUGCUGUGAAGCUGUCUGUGCACACCUAGUGGAUAUGUUUCUUGCUGAGGAAAUUUUCCAGACUGCAAAAGAGACACUCCAGGAACUCCAGUGCUUCUGCAAGUAUCUACAGCGGUGGAGGGAAGCCGUUGCAGCCCGGAAGAAACUCCGGCGUCAGAUGCGGGCCUUUCCUGCAGCACCAUGCUGUGUGGACAUGAAUGACCGGCUGCAGGCACUAGUGCCCAGUGCAGAGUGCCCCAUUGCUGAGGAGAACCUGGCCAAGGGGCUCUUGGACCUGGGCCAUGCAGGGAAAGUGGGCAUCUCCUGUACCAGGUUGCGGCAGCUUAGAAACAAGACAGCUCACCAGAUGAAGGUUCAGCACUUCCACCAGCAACUGCUGAGUAACGCUGCGUGGGCACCUCUGGACCUGCCGUCCUUCGUGGCUGAGCACCUCCCUGGGAAGAGUGAGCACGUGUUUUGGAAGCUGGUGCUGGUGCUGCCUGGUGGAGAAGAACAGACUCCAGGGAGUCCUGGCAGAAUACUAGAAAACUGGUUAAAGGUCAAGUUCACAGGAGAUGACAGCUUGGUGGAUGACACACGCAGUAAUGCCGGUGAUAUCCAGACACUCAGUGUUUUCAAUGCACUCAGUAGUAAAGGGGACCAAACUGUGUCUGUCAGUGUGUGUAUAAAGGUGGCCCAGGGUACCCUUAGUGACAGUGCCCUCGAUGCUGUGGAGACGCGGAAGGACCUUCUGGGAGCCAGCGGGCUCAUGCUGCUGCUUCCCCCCAGAGUGAAGAGUGAGGAUGUAGCCGAGGAGGACCUGCACUGGCUCUCGGAGCUACUGCAGCUCAAGCAGCUCCUUCAGGCCAAGCCCUCCCAGCCUGCACUGCCCCUGGUGGUUCUCGUGCCCAGCUCCGGAGGAGAAUCCAUGGGGCAGGAAGUGGAAGAUGGUCUGAUGCUACAGGAUUUGGUUUCAGCCAAGCUGAUUUCAGACUACACUGUUGUUCACAUUCCCGAUGCUGUCACUGAUUUACGAGGCACGGUGAAGGUUUCUGGAGCAGUCCAGUGGCUGGUCUCCCGAUGCCCUCAAGCCCUAGACCUUUGCUGCCAGACCCUUAUUCAGUAUGUUGAGGAUGGGAUCAGCCGUGAGUUCAGCGGUCGGUUUUUCCAUGACAGAAGAGAGAGGCGCCAGGGUGGCCUGACCUCUCAGGAACCUAGCGCCAUUAUUGAGUUGUUCAAUAGUGUGCUGCAGUUCCUGGCCUCUGUGGUGUCCUCUGAGCAGCUGUGUGACAUCUCCUGGCCUGUCAUGGAAUUUUCUGAGGUGGGGGGCAGCCAGCUGCUUCCUCACGUGCAGUGGAACUCACCAGAACAUCUAGCUUGGCUGAAGCAAGCUGUGCUUGGGUUCCAGCUUCCACAGAUGGAUCUUCCACCCCCAGGGGCACCCUGGCUCCCUGUGUGCUCCAUGGUUAUUCAGUAUACCUCCCAGAUUCCCAGCUCGUGCCAGACCCAGCCUGUCCUCCAGUCCCAGGUGGAGAACCUGCUGUGCAGAACAUACCAAAAGUGGAAGAGCAAGAGCCUCUCUCCAGGCCAGGAGUCAGGACCUCCAGUGGCUGAAAUCCCCUGGGAUGACAUCAUCACCUUAUGCAUCAACCACAGGCUGAGUGACUGGACACCCCCCAGGCUCCCCAUCACAGCAGAGGCGCUGAGUGAAGAUGGUCAGAUAUAUGUAUAUUUUUUCAAAAAUGGUUCAAGAAAAUACGAUGUUCCCUUGUCAUGGGAACAAGCCAGAAUGCAGACCCAGAAGGAACUGCAGCUGAGUCAAGGACGUUCCGGGAUGAAGUCUUUCCAUCCUUCUACAAGCAGUUUCCCUACCCCAUUGCUGCAUGUGCACCGCAAAGGGAAGAAGAAUGCGGAGAGUGGCCAAGAGCGGACUGUCAGAACAGAGGACCUGAUGCAAGGGGCUUCUGCAGAAGAGCUCCUGGCACAGUGUCUGUCCAGCAGUCUGCUGGAAGAGAAAGAAGAGAACAAGAGGUUUGAAGAUCAGCUUCAGCAGUGGCUGUCUCAAGACUCCCAGGCUCUCGCAGUGUCAGGCUGCCUUCCUCUCUACCUUCCACAAACGCUGGUAUCUUUUCCUGACACCAUCAAAACUCAGAUGGUGGAGAAAACAUCUUCCAGUCCUCAGAAUGCAGGGGCAGGAGAGCAAUUGCAGGUCUCAGAGAUGUCAGACAUGUCUCUGACUGAAAAGCUGAAGCACCUGGAAAGGCUGAUCCGCAGUUCAAGGGAAGAGGCAGUCACCUCCGAGCUCCAUCUCUCUGCACUGCUGGACAUGGUGGACAUAUGAUCAGUCUGACAUGGGAAGUGUUUCUUCUUCAUGGUGGUUUUUUAUUUGAAUUAUAUUAUGCUCAGAUGCUUGAUGUGCUAUUGUUAAUGUGACUAUUAAUUGUACAAAUAAAACAUUGGAAUUUUCCGAGAUCCCUUUUGGCUUUCCGAAUGAAAGGCUGUGAUAUCUUUAAUAGUAUUUGUUUUGUGACCUUCUUAUACUAUCCCUCUCUCAAUAGAAAAUACUGAAGGAGUUUUGUUGUUGGUGGUGGUGGUUUU